UUCUUCCAUGAUUUUCUCGAGAAUGAAAACUAGCCCAAGUAAACCAACACGAUCAUUGUGUAGAGGCAGAGACUCUCUAUGCAUUACAAUUGGUGACUUACAUGGGUUUACGAAAGACGCCAUUGUUUACGUUUGCGACAUUGGCCCUUAUGAAUGCUCACUGUCGGUUUGGUUUUUUAUCGAACCACCACACCAUCAGGACACAGGAAUCAAACAUCUUUAACAACAGUGGAAGUAAACAAACGUUUUAUGUUCUUAAAACAUAAAAACAUAUUCAGUUAACUAGUGUAAAAGCAUAGGAGUGCGAAAGUAACCUGGAAAAGCCUUCAACAUGCGAUGCAUCAUUCCAUCAUGCGGCAUGGACCUGCACAGGCGGAAAGAACACUGUGGAUUCUCGUCCCACAGAUUGCCGAAAAAUGCAAAGAAGCGCCUGGCUUGGCUGAAGAUGCUCGACCCAUCCGGUACCCAGUACUCCAUCGUUAAUGAUGCAAGGGUCUGCUCCCGCCACUUCCUGGAAAGUGACUUCUACGAAGUCGGUUCAAGACGGAAGCUUCAUAAAGGCGCUGUGCCAUCGCGCCGUCUUGGACCAGCUGCCAAGCUACCUGCGACAUAUAUUCCCGAGCAGUCGCACUGUGUAUUUCUGGAUGAAUCGUCGAUGGUAUGUCCUGUUCAGCGAAGUGCACCAGUGACGCUUCACAGCACAGCAAUAGAGGCCAUGCAGGAAGCUGAGUCGUCUACCGGUGAAAAAAGGGUCAAAACCAUACGAUAUGCGGGAGACCUGAGGGACGAUGAAGUUCCCUUUAUCUCUCCAGAAGAGGCCCAAGAGAUUCUUCCCAAAAUUUACAAACAACUGCAUCGAACCAAGAUGCGCCUGAGCUGCUACAAACAGCAAAACUUGCGUCUCCGGAAGAAGGUGGAACAAUUGAAGGAAAUUAUAAUUGAUUUGAGGGACGAGCACGACGGUGUCAAAUCCAAGCGUGACCAGCUGGUGUCUGAACUGAAGAUUGAGCCGACGCAGCUGUCCGAGGGCUUUGAUGAAUAGGAAAAUCAAAUGGCAUCCUGCGCGAUGAUUUCCGGUAAAACAUGAUUCCCGCGUGCAAAAUUGGACUAUUCUAUGAUAAUAAACU